ACGCGCUCGCUGAUUAUUAAUAAGAAGGCGGCUAUCCCUGAACGCGGGUGUACGAGUUAAUCGGGAGAACCCGGCUCUAACGAGAGCAGAGUGAUACUGAGCUGCCGAGGAUCUUGCAUACUCCCAAGUCGCCGUAGCGUGUGUGUGUGAGAGAGAGAGAGAGAGAGCGAGAGAGUGUGUGUUUUCUCUUUUGCAAUCUUUGUGACCAGGAUGCUUACAACACGACAUCGACGCGUUGAUAAAUGAUUGCAGCUUGUCGGAACACAACACAGUGUUGGAUUUAACCAUCAGCCCUCAAUCAGAGUAUUAACAGCCUCCCCCGCUUCCCCUUCUCCCGUCUCAUCCACCCACCUUGAACGCGAACCGCUGGAAGUACUUUUAUAUACAACAAUAUAGUAAACAGGAGGAAAAACAGCCCACCCCUCCCCACCGGAGUAACACAACUUCCAAGGAGUUGGAUCACAUAGAGAGAGAGAGAGAGGGAGAGGUUGAAGUUGGCGGCUGAGUGCCUGAAAGAUGGUCGCACUGGUCGCCCGGGGUCCGCUGUGGAUAUACUCCUGGAUACUUCUCGCCGCCCUCGCCUCGGCCGACUUGACUUGCACCCCUGCUCCAGCGAGGCGGCAGGGACUGGCGUAUGUGCGCCUUGGGGCGGAAGGUUCGGCGGGCCGAUGGCGCCGCGGGGUUUUGGACGAGUUCCCAGCGCAGGGGGUCCCUGCCUCGGGUGAGGACGGCGACCCCCGCCAGGAGGCGGUGAAAGUGACCAACUCGCGGCCGGAGGAGAUGCAACUGACCAGCACCACCUUCGCGUUAACCGGGGACUCGGCACACAACCAAGCCAUGGUGCAUUGGUCUGGGCAGAACAGUAGUGUGAUACUCAUCCUGACGAAGCUCUACGAUCACAAUCUGGGGAGUGUUACAGAAAGCUCACUCUGGAGAUCGACUGACUAUGGAACAACAUACGAGAAGCUGAAUGACAAAGUGGGCCUCAAAACCGUGCUGAGUUACCUGUACGUCUGCCCGACAAACAAGAGGAAGAUAAUGCUGGUGAGCGACCCUGAGAUCGAGAGCAGCGUUCUGAUCAGCUCAGACGAGGGCGCGACCUAUCAAAAGUACCGGCAGAGCUUUCAAAUCCAAAGCAUGCUGUUCCACCCUGAGGAGGAGGAUUGGAUUCUGGCCUACAGCCAGGAUCAGAAGUUGUACAGUUCCAGUGACUUCGGACGAAGGUGGCAACUGGUCCAUGAGAGAAUCACUCCAAACCGCUUCUACUGGUCUGUAAAGAAUUUGGACAUGGAUCCAGACCUCGUGCACAUUGAAGCGAGGACUGCAGAUGGACAUGCUGAAUAUAUCACCUGUCGAAUUCAGAACUGUUCAGAAGCAGCAAGCAGCAAGCUGUUCCCAGGUUAUAUAGACCACAAUUCAUUGGUGGUUCAAGAUGACUACGUCUUUGCACAGGUGACAUCUGGUGGACGGGUAACCUACUACGUGUCAUAUCGGAGAGAGGACUUUGCAGAGAUGAAGCUUCCCAAAUAUUCAUUACCAAAGGACAUGCACAUUAUCAGCACGGAUGAAAACCAAGUGUUUGCUGCCGUGCAGGAAUGGAACCAGAACGACACGUACAACCUCUAUGUGUCGGACGCCAGAGGAACCUACUUCACUGUCGCUAUGGAGAAUGUGAAGAGCAGCCGAGGCCCAGAAGGGAACGUGAUGAUCGACCUCUAUGAGGUAGCAGGGAUAAAGGGAAUGUUCUUGGCUAACAAAAAGGUACAGAAACAGGUCAAGACAUUCAUCACGUACAAUAAGGGAAGAGAUUGGCGACUUCUGGAGGCUCCGACCACAGAUCUGAGAGGCAAGGACCUUCACUGUCUUCUGCCGUACUGCUCCUUAAAUCUGCACCUGAAUGUGGCACAGAAUCCGUAUACAUCUGGCAACAUUGGCAGCAAGGAUUCGGCACCGGGCAUCAUCGUGGCUUCAGGUAACGUUGGCCCUGAACUAAAAGUGGACAACGACAACCCCACCGGCAGCAUGUUCAUCUCAACCGAUGGAGGAAACUCCUGGAGACAGAUAUUUGAAGAGGAACACAGCAUUUUAUUCCUGGAUCAAGGUGGUGCAUUAGUGGCCAUUAAACACACACCCCAACCAAUCCGCCAUCUGUGGUUGAGCUUUGAUGAAGGGAGGUCCUGGAGAAAAUAUAGCUUCACCUCGGUUCCUCUCUUUGUCGAUGGUGUACUGGGUGAGCCCGGAGAGGAAACUCUGGUCAUGACUGUGUUUGGUCAUCUCAGCCACCGCUCUGAAUGGCAAUUGGUCAAAGUGGAUUACAGGUCUAUCUUCAGUAGGAAGUGUAUGGAGAACGACUUCCAGGUCUGGACACUCCACACUCAGGGAGAGCCUUGCAUCAUAGGGGAGACGCGGAUAUACAAGAGACGUCGCCCGGCAACGCGCUGCAUCUUGGGGAAGAAAUACAGAGAAGCGGUGACAUACGUGCCAUGCAAUUGCACAGACAAGGACUUUGAGUGUGAUUUUGGAUAUGAGCGUCAUUCUGAUGGCAGAUGCUUACCAGCCUUCUGGUAUAACCCAUCCUUCGUGACUAAGGAAUGUAGUAUGGGACAAAGCUACCUCAACAGUACUGGGUACCGAAAGGUUGGUGCCAAUAACUGCACUGGUGGUGUCAGAGACCAAUACACAGCCCAGCGGCAUCCGUGCUCCAGCCGAGCUCCCCGCGGCCUGCACCUCAUCACCAGCGAUGGACGGCUGGCCACUGUGUCUGGGCAGAACGUCACCUUCAUUGCCCAUCUAGAAGAGGGAGAUAUUCCAAGGACCAGGCUCCAGAUUGAGUUUGGUGAUGGUACCGCAGUGAUCUUCGCAAACCUCAGCUCUGUCAAGGGAGGGAUCAAGCACGUCUACAAGCACGGCGGAAUCUACCGUGUCAUCGCGCAAGUGAAGAACAACCUGGGGUCCACGCGAGCAAUCCUGUUCCUGCAUGUAAAUUGUCCUAUCGAACAUGUGCACUUGACUCUUCCUUACGUUGCAAUCACCAACCAGGAGGUGAAUUUGACAGCUGUGGUGUUGCCCAGUACCACUGGACCUCUCACUUACUUCUGGUGGAUUGAAAACAAGACUGAGCCUAUCGUCACCCUGGAGGACAAAGCCCCCAUCAGGUUCUCCACAGAGGGAAUAACAAGCAUCACCAUCCAAGUAUCUGAUGGCAAUUCCAUUCUCCAGGACGUAAAAAGCAUAGCAGUAUUUGAUUCUUACCGCUCAUUGUUGCUGUCGUUUACACCGAACUUGGAAGAUCACAACCCAGACAUUCCCGAAUGGAGGCAGGAUCUCAGCAAGCUUGUUAAAAGAACGCUCGGAGAAGUUACAGCGUUACCAGAGCAACAAAUGUUGCUAGCGAUCCUCCCAGGUUUACCAACUGCAGCGGAACUGUACAUCCUCCCACACCGAGAUGCUACGGAGGAGGGGUUAAACAGUAUGAGUUUAGAGCAGAUUUCAGACAUGGUGAUUAACGCAUUGAAUCAGAAUCGGGUUCAAUUCGAGCUAAAGCCUGGCGUUCGGAUCAUUGCUUCCACCGCCCAUCUGACAUUAGCUCCUCUUGUGGAUUCCGGCCCAGGACACAGUGGUUCAGCUUUGUUGAUGCUGUUGUCUUUGGCCUUUGUUGGCUUAGCUGUUUUUUUAAUCUACAAGUUUAAAAGUGCUCUGAGCAGCCUUAUCCACCAUGUUGGAGGGACCGUCAGAGAGGAAUGGCCAUUGCGGGCUCCGGGUGAGUACAGGGCCCUUACCCCAACACUCACACCCACCUCCAUACCUUUCACAUCACUUUGUCACGACAUUUCAUUUUAAAGCAUGCAUUGUGUAUAUUCCUUUGCCGGAAAGAAAUCUGUUUUUAAUAAUGACAUUGCUUUGUUCUUUCUUCAUGUCCCAUUAAAAAUGUGUCAUUUGACCUUUUCACGGCCAUUGCCUGCAUGUGUUUGUGUACUGGUAGAAAACUGAAUCCACCUACCUUCAAGUAGAUGUAUGAACAGUAAGAUCAAAAUCAAAAACAACAGCUUUUUUCCAUGAGUAGUAGCUCUACUCAAUACCCAAAAAUCUGUAACCUCCUUUUGCUCUGGUAUUUUAUUUAUUUCACAUGUUUAAUCAAUAAUGUUUUAUUAUGAAUGUUUAAUGUUUUAUGUAUCAUUCCUAACAGUCACUGUAUGUCAUGUUGUCACUUGUGGGCAGAGCACCAAGGCAAAUUCCUUGUAUGUGAAUACUUGGCCAAUAAACGUAUUCAUUCAUAUACUUAUUUAUUCAUCCAUUCAUUCAAAUCCUAUUAUAUGCGGUCUCUUUCUACAAUGGAAAGUACCGCUCUUUUGGUUGCGAAAGCAACCACGGGACAUGCGUACCCUUUGAGUAUAGACGUUGUGAGGUCAUGCUGCAGUUACAUAAGACAUUGGUGAGGCCACAUGUGUAAGUGCUGUGUACAGUUUUGAUCACCAUGUUAGAGGAAACCAACUUGUCAAGCUGGAAAGGGUUCAGCAAAGUUUACAAGGAUGUUGCCAGGACUCAGGGACCUGAGCUAUAGAUUGAGCAGGCUAGGACUUUAUUCCUUGCAGUGCAGGAGAAUGAGGAGUGAUCAUAUAGAGGUGUAUAUGAGAAGACAAGAUCAGGUAAACACACAGUCUUUUUAGCCCAGAGUAUGGAAAUCGAGAACUAGAGGUUUAAGGUGAGGGGAUAAAGAUUUAAUAAGAAUCUGAGGGGUAACUCUUCUACACAAAGGAUAGUGGAUACAAUAUAUGGAACAAGUUGACGGAGGAGGCAGUUAAGGCAGGUACUGUCACAAUGUUUAAGAAGCAUUUAGACAGGUACAUGGAUAGGACAGGUUUAGUAUAAUAGACCAAACGCAGGCAGGUGGGAUUAGUGUCGAUGGGAUAUGUUGGUCGGUGCAGGCAAGUUGGACCAAAGGGUCUGUUUCCGCACUCUAUGACUCUGUCUUUUAAAGGAACUGAUUCCAUUUGGCCGUGAUUUCUGCUGUGCCAACCUCCACUUCAAAACACUAUUUCCAGAAAGAAUAAGAGUAUUGUAAUAAUGUUGAAAAGCUUUGAAACUGUAUAAUGUGGAUCAUUUUGUGCUUGAGAAAUGUUUAAUGCAAUCUUUGCUUCAUGGUAUUGAUGGCACAGUAGUGCUGCAGUAGAGUUGCUGCCUUAUUGAGACAGAAACCCAGGUUCAAAUGGGUGCUCUGUUUACGGAGUUGGUAUGUUUACCCUGUAAUCGCCUGGAUGCUCAGGUUUCCAGCCACACUACAAAGACGUGCAGGUUUGUGGAUUAAUUGACUUUGGUAAGUUGUAAAAUUGUCCCUGGUGUGUAGGAUAGUGUUAGUAUUCAUUGUUUGGCAUCGACUCGGUGGGCCGAAGGGCCUAUUCCGUGCUGUAUCUCUAAAAUCUAAAGUCUAGAAUAAAUCCAAGCUGAGAAUCCUGAUACAGCUAUCCUCCUUCAGAGAUACCACACUGCGGAUGAGAACUUUAAACCAAGCCUUCACCUACCCUAAGAAGUAGACAUUAAUGAUCUCAGUACAUUCCAAAGCAGGAAUGUUC